GCCAGCAAACAUUAAAUGCUUUCCACUCGCUGUGCCAGUUACAGUGCCAACAAAAUGGGCUGGAACUUCAUUCUAAUGGGACUCAUGCUCAUGCCAUUGGUGCAUUCUUUGGUGCACUUUAAAAAUGUUGGACCAGGCGCAAAGGGUGGCUGCAAGGGCCUAAAGGGCGACUUGAAGGUCUAUGGAAUGGAAGACGACCCCAAUGUCUGCGGUGCGCUUCAUUGCCAAAACGAUAAAGGCGACGCGCUGAUCCACUACUGCCAGAUUCCCGGUGCGUUCUCCAUGUGCAGAGAGAAUGGCAUAGCGUCAUCAAAGCCCUGGCCGGAAUGCUGUUGGAUCUGCGUCGAGCUGAUAGACUGCGCCAAAGAGGACACACAAGUGAGCCCAGAGGCUCCCAUAGAAACGCUGUAACCAAGAUAAAUGUAUCCACACUUGAAAUGAUAAUGCAAUUGAAUUCGAGUCCAAA